AUGUUGCUAAAUUUAAGUAUUUUGACAUUAAAUGUUUGGGGAAUACCUUUUCCUUUUAUUUCAAAGGACCGUGAGUUACGAAUAGCCGCAAUCGGCUUAGAACUCAGUUCAGGCAAAUAUGAUAUAGUUUCUCUGCAAGAAGUUUGGUCUCGUAAAGACUGCGAAACACUGAAGAACGCUACCGAGUCAGUAUUACCUUACGCUCACUAUUUCUACAGUGGUGUUAUAGGUUCAGGUCUCCUGGUGUUGUCUAAAUAUCCUAUUUUAAGCUCUUUCUUUCAUCCUUGGAGUGUUAAUGGUUAUUUUCACCGUAUUCAGCAUGCUGAUUGGUUUGGGGGCAAAGGAGUUGGUUUAUGUAGAAUCCUCGUGGAUAAACAUGUGGUACAUCUGUAUAAUGCUCAUCUUCAUGCGGAAUAUAAUAACAACAAUGAUGAUUACAAAACUCAUCGGGUAAUUCAGGCUUUUGAUACAGCACAGUUUAUUCGUGCAACAAGAGGCGACUCUGUUCUACAAGUUUUGGCUGGAGACUUAAAUGCUCAACCUCAUGACUUGACAUACAAGGUUCUCUUGUAUACAUCAAAAAUGAAAGAUUGUUGCAAUUCUAAAAAUAUUGUAACAAAUGAAUAUCAAAAAAAUUCGUAUACUGCUUCUAAUACUAUUAACAGUAUGUCACCUGGRGUUCAUAUUGAUCAUAUAUUCGCAAGAAGUCCUGAAAAUAUUGCUCUUUCUAUUAUUGACUAUGGACUGCCGUUGACCGAACCUGUACCUGGCCAAAAUUUCAGCUAUUCCGACCACGAAGCUGUAUUAGCAAAGUUGCAUUUAAGAGAUGCUGAACAUAAUAUUGGGGAAGGUGCAUGUAUUGUUACUUCUAUAAAUAAAGAGCAUCAUAUUAGCGAAGAAGCGGCACUUAAAACUGACGGAUGUGUUAUAUCGAGACGUGUAGCUGUUUUGCAUGAAUCAAUAUCCUUAUGCGAAACAUCACUAGAUCAACUGAAUAUAGAUCGUAUAUUUUACUACAGUGUCGCAGUUAUUCUUGCGUUUAUUUUAGUAGUUUUCUUGGAAUAUCCAUCUCCAUUAGGAUUUAGAACAUUAUGCAUAAUAUUGAAACUCUUCAUAUCAGGUGGUCUAUUAUUUUGUAUUUUCAUGGGAUCUGUGUGGAAUUACAUGGAAUGGAAUGGUGUAUUAUCUGGAAAAGUAGCCAUGGAGUUAAUGUUGCGGUCCAUUGAAGUUUUUGAAAGCGUACCAAAGGUUUGAAACUUUUAUGUUGGUGACCGUACGUUGAUUGGUUAAAACUAUAUUUAAAAGACACAUUAAUUUAUUCCAASUACUUAAAUAAGCUCAAAAUGCAUUUAUUAUUGAAUUACUUAUAUUAAAUUGCUCCUCAUAAUGUAAAUGUAUUUAUGUAUAUGUGACU